AUGGAUUUUGACAGACCGAAGAACGUUUCGUUUUUUGAUUUUGCCGGAGGGGUUCAGCUGCUCCGCGGCGAGGCGGCCCAGUCGGUGCUCCCGGUGCUCCUGACCUGCCUCUGUGUAACCGGGACGGUGGGGAACGUACUGGUGCUCCUCGGACUCAUCCACCACCUGAACAACGGACGAGCCUCCGAACUCAAAGCGCUGCUGGCCAGCCUGAGCGCCACCGACAUGGGGAUCCUGCUCCUGUGUGCUCCAGUGCGCGCUGUCACGUACUACAGAGAGACCUGGACCUUGGGAGGCUUCAUGUGCCAGACGGCCGAUUGGUUCCAGAACACCUGCCUGGUCGCCAAAACCUUCACCCUGGCGGCCACGACGACGACGAGACGCCGUGUUGGUUCACCCGGGUCGCGGGGUGGCGACUUCAGCCCAGUGCGUGUCUACGGAGUCCUGGUGUUCAUAUGGACGGUGGCGCUGGUCUUCUCCGCCCCACUCAUGGUAUUCACCUCUUUACAGCCCUACCACAACGUGACGCUGUGCGUGACUGAGAUACCGCUGUGCGCGUCCGGGCUCAUGGACGUGUUCACUAAGACUUAUCCGACCCUGUCCUACGUGGUUCCCAUCAUAUUCACCAUCGGCCACUACGUCAGGACGCUACACGCCUCGGAGCCGAAGGCGGGCCACUGCGUUGCGCCCCAGGGUCAGGGCGUUAGCGUGGCGCUGCUGUGUGUCAGCGGGGCCAACGCCUUCCUGCUGCUUCCCGAGUGGAGCUCCUGGGCGUGGGCCAGGCUGGGCUACAGGGACAGCUACACCCCGCCCGUGGGCUUCGUCAUCUUCUCCCAGGUGCUCAUGUUUUCCAGCAGCUGUCUGACUCCUGUCAUCUUUCUCACCAUGUACGAAGAAGUGCGCCGCAGCGCGUGGCUUUCCCUGACCUGCAGGAGCUCAAAACAAGGAGGUGUUCCCGCGGGUUCCAGAGCCGAGAGUGCCAGGAACCGAGUGGAGCAGGGAGCCAUAGUCGUCUACCCGUUGGUGGAACUGAAACGUGCCUCUUUCGACUCGCCGACGGGACGCAGUCUGCACACGGAAGACGCCUCGUCGCGGAAGAUAUUUCCGGACGUAGAGCUCUUUUGGACUGAACGUGUGAAUAAGCACGAUCCAAUUCCAUGGGAGACCCAAGAGGAGAAAACAUACAUCAAAUCAUGA